CCCGCCGCCGCCAACCACUCGGCGCCCCCGAAACUGGGGACCAAGCGGCUGCCCCAGGCCCUCAUCGUGGGCGUGAAGAAGGGGGGCACGCGGGCCGUGCUGGAGUUCAUCCGCGUGCACCCGGACGUGCGGGCCUUGGGCACGGAGCCCCACUUCUUCGACAGAAACUACGGGCGCGGGCUGGACUGGUACAGGAGCCUGAUGCCGCGGACAGUGGGCAGCCAGAUCACGCUGGAGAAGACGCCCAGCUACUUCGUCACCCAGGAGGCCCCGCGGCGAAUCUUCAACAUGUCUCGCGACACCAAGCUGAUCGUGGUGGUGCGGAACCCCGUGACCCGCGCCAUCUCCGACUACACGCAGACGCUGUCCAAGAAGCCGGACAUCCCCACCUUCGAGGGCCUGUCCUUCCGGAACCGCACGCUGGGCCUGGUGGACGUGUCCUGGAACGCCAUCCGCAUCGGGCUGUACGCGCUGCACCUGGAGAGCUGGCUGCGCUACUUCCCGCUGGCCCAGAUCCACUUCGUGAGCGGCGAGCGGCUCAUCACCGACCCCGCCGGCGAGAUGGGCCGCGUGCAGGACUUCCUGGGCGUGAAGCGGCUCAUCACCGACAAGCACUUCUACUUCAACAAGACCAAAGGCUUCCCCUGCUUGAAAAAGACCGAGUCCAGCCUUCUGCCUCGGUGCCUGGGCAAGUCCAAAGGCAGAACUCACGUGCAGAUCGACCCCGAGGUCAUAGACCAGCUCCGGGAGUUUUACAGACCUUACAACAUUAAGUUUUACGAAGCCGUGGGGCAGGACUUCCGGUGGGAAUGA